AUUUCCUUCUCUGUUUAGAAAAAAAUCACAUUGACUUGGUCUCCAAGUUCCCGACGUGAUUUUCUUCUCACGUCUUCUUUACUCGAACCGGCGUUUUCUCCGUCACCGUUGUAUCCUCCUCAAGUAUCGGCGUUUUGCUAUAGUCGGGGGCGAUUUGCCAAAACGAUGCAAUUGUUUCUCAAGGAUAUAGUUCCAGCGGCGCAGAACAACAUAGACACGCGUUUCAUCAUCCUCGACAAAGCCAAAUCGUCUGCGGCAAACGGGAAGAAUUAUUGUAUUGCGUUGGCGGCGGAUGAAACGGCUGCGGUUCACAUACAGCUGUGGGGAGAUGAGUGCGACGCGUUCGAGGCAGGAGAUAUCGUGAAGCUCACCAAUGGGAUUUUCUCAUACGUGCGUAACAGUGGACUUAUUCUCAGAGCUGGGAAGCGUGGGAAGAUGGAGAAGAUGGGAGAGUUCACGGUUGCGUUUGUCGAAACGCCAAACAUUAGUGAGAUCCAAUGGAUUCCUGAUCCUGAGAAUCCCAAACGCUAUAUUCAGAGCGGCGUCGUUUCAGCUUAUUCCCGUAUCUUCCCUCCUUUGCCUUGAUUUAAGAUUUUUGGAUUUGAUCAACUGAUAAAGUUUUUGUUGCAUUUGAUUGUAUCGAAAAAUUACAUACAAUUUUUACCUAAAUGUUGAAG